CAAGCCGCGAAUUUGUCGCUCGACAGCGAUUUGGAGAAUGCGACAGCAGAACUGCCCACCGUCUCCAUUCCGACGCCUGCCACGAUUUUGAUGCCCGCACGAGCCGAAUAGUCUGAGUCGCAAUUUUCUGCUGGGAAUUUUGACUCGGCUGUCGAGUCGACAGCACCGGCACAAACAUGCACAUCAAGCAAAUCAUCAUCCAGGGCUUCAAAAGUUACAAGGACCAGACUGUCAUAGAGCCCUUCUCCCCCGGCACCAAUGUCAUUGUUGGGCGCAACGGUUCCGGCAAGAGUAAUUUCUUCGCCGCGAUCCGGUUCGUGCUCAGCGAUGCCUACACCAACAUGAGCCGCGAGGAGCGGCAGGCUCUCCUUCACGAGGGCUCGGGCUCCGCGGUCAUGUCUGCUUACGUUGAGAUCAUUUUCGACAACCGCGACAAGCGGUUCAGCGAACCCGGCGACGAGGUCGUGAUCCGCCGCACGAUUGGUCCGAAGAAGGACGAAUACUCGGUCGACAGGAAGGUCCAGACCCGCGCCGACGUGCUCAAGAUUCUCGAAACUGCCGGGUUUGCCAAGGAGAACCCCUUCUACAUCGUGCCCCAGGGUCGCAUCGCGGCGAUAACCAACAUGAAGGAAUCCGAGAGGCUCAACCUGCUGAAGGAAAUUGCCGGAACCAACACCUACGACGAUCGGAGGAUACAGUCACUUAAAAUCAUGGCUGAGACCAACAGCAAGCGCGAGAAGAUCGACGAGACCCUGGCAUACAUCGAGGAGCGCCUGAGAGAGCUGGAGGAAGAGAAGGACGAGCUGCGCGACUUCCAGGAGAAGGACAGGGAGCGCAGGUGUCUGGAGUACGCGCACUGGCACCGCCUGCAGGCGACCAACGCCGAAACCCUGGAGCAGCUGGAAGAGGCGAGGCAGGGAGGUGCUGGUGUCUCGACCAAGGACCGCAUGCAACUCCAGAAAACAGAGAGGGAGAUCAGCGCCCUGGAUCAGCAAGCGCACGAACUCAGGCAAACCCUGGAAUUGCUUGCCAUGGAGCGGCGACAGCUUGACGAAGACCGCAGAGAUGCGGCUCGGGCCCGUGCAAAGGCCGAAUUGAAGACGAAGAACCUGGACGAGAGUAGGCACGCGCGGGAACAGGCGCAACAAAAGCAAGAGGCAGAGUUACAGGAAGUGAGGCGGAAAAUCAAGGCUGUCGAGGCGGACAUUGCGCAGAUAACGCCCGAGUACGAGGAGAGGAAGGCCGAGGAAGCCCGGAUCAGGCUGCGACGGGACGAGGCGGUAGCGGGCAAGAAUCGCUUGCUCACCAAGCAAACGCGCAGUUCUCAAUUCAAGACGAAGGCAGAGCGCGAUAACUACCUCAGGCAGGAGAUCAACGAUGCCACCACGUCCCUGGGCGUGCAAAAGGCCAAUGCGUUGGACGCGGCGGAGCAGGUGAAGUCGGUCGAGGCGUCUAUCGCGCAGCUCGAGAAGGCCAUCCAGGACAUUCGCCAAAACAUCGAGGGUUACGGCGGGAACCGAAUGACGCUCGCCGAGAAGCUGACCAAGGCUCAGGAGACCCGGGAGCAGCUGCACGAAGAGCGGAAGAGGCUCCGCCGCGAGGAGGACAAGCUUGGCUCGCUGCUCGCCAACACGCGGGCGGAGAGGGAUCAGGCCGAGUCCGCGCUCUCGCACUCGAUGGACUCGGCGACAGCCAAGGGUCUAGCAACGAUAAGGCGGCUGAAGCGGGAGAGGGAUAUCCCGGGGGCCUAUGGAACGCUGGCGGAGUUGAUGAGUGUGCCGGUCGAGGCAUACAAGUUGCCAGUUGAGCAAGUGGCGGGGAACAGUCUCUUUCAUUACGUCGUCGACAACGACAAGACGGCGACCAUGCUCUCCGACCAUCUUUACAAGACCUACGGCGGGCGAUUGACCUUCAUGCCUCUGGAGCAGUUAAGGCCGAGGCAGGUCAAGAUGCCCAGGGCAUCGGACGCGCAACCUCUGAUCAGCAAGAUUGAGUAUGACCCACAGUUCGAGAAAGCCUUCCAGCAGGUCUUUGGCCGCACCAUUGUCUGCCCAAACCUGUCGGUUGCGUCCCAAUAUGCCCGAUCACACGGGCUGGACGCGAUCACGCCAGAAGGUGACACCACCAACAAGAGGGGCGCGAUGACGGGAGGUUAUGUGGAUGCCAGGAGGUCACGCCUCGACGCGGUUCGGCGAGUUAGUCAAUUGCGCGACUUGUAUGAGCAGCAACUGGCGGACAUGGACAGGAUCCGGAAGGAGAUCGAAAUCAUCGAUCAAAAGGUGACGAGUGCGAGCGGCGAGGAGCACAAACUCGAACAGCAGAUGCGCCAGUUCGAGAUGGGCUUUGAGCCGCUCAAGACGGAGCUACGGACCAAGAAUGCCCAGCUGGAGCGCGAGCGAGCCCACCUUGAGGCGGCUCUGGAACGGCGGGCACAGGUGGAAAGGAACCUCAAAGAGCUGGACGACUCCAUCUCGAUGUACCAGGCCGAGCUUUCCCAGGACUUCAAGAAAGCCCUGUCGGCAGCCGAGGAGCGGCAACUGGAGGAAUUCACCGCCGAAGUGCAUCGACUCCAGCGGGAGCUGAAGGAAGUCAGCAAGAAGCGCUUCGACCUUGAAGGCCGCAAGAAGCUCCUCGAGACCGAGUUGCAGAGCCAUCUCCGGCCGCAGGAGGAUCAACUCCGGAGCCAAGCCUUCGAGAACUCGACGGUGGGCGGCAGCGAAAGCUACCAGGAUGCCCAGAGGGAGCUCAAGAGGGCGCAGCGAGCCAUGGCUGAGAUUGAGCAACAGCUUGGUGAGAACGAGCAAAAGACGGAGAAGGUGAGCGGCGAACUCGCCAAGCUGGAAACUCAGAGGUCAGAAAAGGAGCAGGAGCUGCAGGAGCUGCAGAAGCGGAUCGAUCAGCACCAGAAGAAGAUGGAGAAGAACAUCCAGACUAGGGCCCGCCUCGUCAGCCAGGCUGCCGAGUACGCCAAGAAUAUCCGGGAUCUGGGGAUCCUGCCGGAGGAGGCGUUUGGCAAGUACGAGAAGAUGAAGCCGGAGCAGAUUGAAUCGAGGCUGCGGAAGGUCAACGAAGCGCUCAAGAAGUACAAGCACAUCAACAAGAAGGCGUUUGAUCAGUACAACAGCUUCACCGCCCAGCGAGAUCAGCUCUUGAAGCGGCGCAAGGAGCUCGAUACAUCUCAAAAGUCAAUCGAGGCGCUGAUCGAGCAUCUCGACCAGGAAAAGGACGAGGCGAUCGAGCGGACUUUCAAACAGGUCUCGCGGGAGUUCGCCACCAUUUUCGAAAAGCUGGUCCCCGCCGGCCACGGCCGUCUCGUGAUCCAGCGCAAGGCGGAUCGCGGGAAACAAAGGGGAAACGCUGAGGACUCAGAGGAGGAGACGACGGGCGUGGAGAGUUACACGGGCGUGGGCAUUUCGGUCUCGUUCAACUCCAAGGUCAUGGACGAGCAGCAGAAGAUCCAGCAGCUCAGCGGCGGGCAGAAGAGUCUUUGUGCUCUCUGCCUCAUCUUCGCCCUGCAGGCAGCCGAGUCGAGUCCCUUUGUCAUCUUUGACGAGGUUGACGCCAACUUGGACGCACAGUACCGGACGGCGGUGGCCAGCCUGCUGAUGGAGAUCUCGCGGGAGCAGAAGACGCAGUUCAUCUGCACGACGUUCCGCCCGGAGAUCGUCCACGUUGCGGACAAGUGCUACGGUGUCACGUUCCACAACAAGACGAGCACCAUCGACUGUGUGCCGACAGAGGAGGCGCUAAACUUUGUCGAGGGCCAGAAGAAGUGAAGGGGUGGCGGCGGGGCGUUGCCAAUCACUUGUUCAGGGGUUGUGUCAUGUGUACACGUUGCGGUUCUGGGAAGCAUGCCUUUUAACUACGGAGUCUGAGUGAAUGGAUGGAUGGUCGUUGUCGAAGGUAGACGUUGAGGCUAUUGAACCCUCUUUUUUUCUCACUGGAAAGGGGGAUUAACCAA